CCUGCCGUUUGCCUCUUCUUUGGGUUCGUCAUCGUCUUGAACAGAGCCGAGAGCGUCUUUUCACCGUUCCUUCUAGGCUAUGGCCUCAAAUUCUACCCAGGCUACCGCCUCUGGCGACCUGGUCGACCUUGUGUCGUCUUCAGGUUCGGCCACCAUCUAUCCUUCUGACGACGCUAUUCUCGCUGUUCUUCAGGCCCGCUUUCGAGCAGAUCUACCCUACACUAGAGUCGGCGCAUCCAAUUUGGUCGUCGUUAAUCCCUACAAGACGCUCGCCAAUGUCAACGAUAUCAGCGCAAAAGAGUAUGAAGAGCGGUGCUACAAGGACACCACCCUUCCCAUGGUGGACACUCCGAAGCCUCUUCAGCCGCAUUUAUACGACCUUGCAGCAAGGGUAUACCUCGUAAUGAGGCGUAGGAAUGAGUCGCAGGCUCUUUUGUCGAGAGGUAUCACUGGCGCGGGGAAAUCGUCGAGUAUACGUCUCUUCAUCAGCCAGAUACUUCGUCUCUCUAGCCAUUCCAACAAAGAGGCGAAGCUUGCCGACCAGAUCAAAGCCCUCGGAACCAUCCUUGAUUCAUUCGGCAAUGCGAAAACGCUCAUGAGCCCCAAUGCGUCCCGCCACACCCGAUAUCUUGAGCUGCAUUUCAAUGAACGGGGUCGGAUAUCUUCAGCAAAGGUCCUUGCAUUUGGGCUGGACAAGUCGCGCCUCAACCGGCUAACGCAGGAGGAGCGGACAUACCAUAUCUUUUAUCAAUUCCUUGCCGGUGCGACUACCACGGAGAGAGACAAUCUCAACAUAGAAGACCCCUCCGAUUAUGCCCUUCUUGCGUCGUCGGGAACAUAUCGUCUGCCAGCCGGCCCGUUCAGUGAUGAUUCCAUAGCGAUGGGCGAGUUGCGACAAGCCAUGCGGGCUCUUGGUUUCAAGCCCAAGGCGAUGUCCUCCAUUUUCUCCACUCUAAUCGCCAUCCUCCUCCUUGGCAACCUCCAGUUUCAUGAUGGAGAUACCCAUGACUUUGCCGCUUACGUCGCCAACACCCCCGCACUUGAUCAGAUAGCACGUCUCCUCGGUGUCAUGUCUGAAGACCUUAGCCAGACACUUACGACUAAGACAAGUUAUGUUCGUAAGGAGCUUUACACAAGCCUUCUCAAUGCCGAGCAGGCCGCAGUUCAACGGGACCAGUUUGUUCGCGAUCUCUACGCCAUAUUGUUUUCCUUCGUCGUGGAGACCGUCAAUCAUAAACUUGCGCCAUCACAGAAAGAUCCUCUUCCCCAUACCCAGGUUGUUAUCCUCGACCAGCCUGGCUUCCAGACACGUGGUCCCACGGGUACUGGAUCCAUGGCGCUUUCGGGGGUUACGCCACUGAUUUCCGCGUAUGGCCAGAACGGGUUUGAUGAGUUCUGUAUAAAUUUCUCCGACGAGUUGCUCCACUCGUACGUUCAGCGCUAUAUCUUCGAGGACACUGUCGGGUACAAUGGUCAGAUUUCGGGCGAUGGUCUCUCACUACCGUCAAUUUCCACGAUGGACAAUCUGGCCUGCGUGGAGCUCAUGCGGGGACCUCAAACCGGUGAACGGCCCCAGCGAAAGCCGGGUGGCGUGUUGGGCUCUCUGAAUAAGGCGUGUUCCUCGUUCAAGUCGGGCAAGGGUGGGAACCUUCGUAACGAGGAUUUGCUGCAGGACCUUGUAACCAAGUUUGGUGUCCAUGCAUCUUUUGUUGCGAGUCCUGCUGGUGCGACUAGCAAAACUAUGUUCGGCAUUAACCACUAUGCCGGUUCUUGUUCGUAUGAUGUCAUGGACUUCGUUGAGAAAGACACGGACCUUUUGGAUUCCGCUUUUGUUCCUCUAAUGCGCAACUCCGCGGAUGCUUUUGUGGUGAAACUUUUCUCGGGUCCUUCACUGGCCGCCGAGAGGCACAGCAGGGAUGAAAGUAUUGUCGUGCAAGCCCAGGUUUCGUCACUACCCCUUCGGUCUCCCACCCCCAUUAUAUCCUCUAGCUCUCCGACGCAGGAGGAAUUCCCGGAAUUGGACCGCCAGAAGACGUACCCCGUGACGACCCAAAUCAACUUUACCCUCGCCAACCUUUUCGCUACCAUCAGUCAUGCUCGUCUUUGGACAGUCUCUUGCAUACGUCCCAACGACUCUGGCUCUUCGAACUCAUUUGACAAGCGGCGAGUGAAAGCGCAGGUCCGGGCGCUACUUCUACCUGACCUGGCGUCUAGGCGCAGCGUGGAGUACAUCUCGGACUACGAAGUGUCAGAGUUCUGCGAGCGUUAUGUGCCAACGAUGCGGGGGUCGGAGAUGGAGAGGAUAACGCAGUGCGCCCGCGCCAAUGGAUGGAAAGAGGGUGUGGACUAUGCGCUUGGACAUCGCAUGAUCUGGCUUUCGUACUCUGCAUGGAAGAUGGUAGAGGAUCCUCUCCGUGCGUCAGAGAAGGAAACCCGAAAACUUAUGAAAGAAGGAGGCAUGUUAGAUGACGAGGAUGAGAGUGUUGAGCGAGACGAUACCACCGAGUAUACCCACCAGGAAGGGCUGGCCCCUGACGUCGGACAGGAGAGCGCGGAAGAUCUGUUGCUGGCGCGUACCGGUUCCCACGGGACGCAGUAUCGCGAUCCGAACGUUGGGGUGUACGGUCAAGGAGGUUUGCUUACGCCCAAUCUGUCGAACACGCAGAGAGGGUUCGGGCCAGAUCGUGACAACGAGGAUGAGUACUGGGACAAGUCAGGUGGAGCUUCGUCGAAUGGGGCACAGCCUUACAACAAUCCUUCGAAAGAGGCAGACGGGCUUGUGGUUAAGGAAGUGGGGAAUGCCGUCGAAGAAGUGCCUUCGUCUCGCUCACGGCGCGUCUGGCUUGGGAUGGUUUGGACCUGCACCUUCUGGUUGCCAGACUUCCUUUUAAGCUGGAUGGGCCGGAUGAAGCGUCCUGAUAUCCGGCUUGCCUGGCGAGAGAAAGUCACCAUCUUUUUGCUCAUUUUCCUUUUUAACGCCAUCGUCAUCUUCUACAUCGUCGAAUUCGGUCGAUUGCUGUGUCCUAACUAUGACAAGGCAUGGAACACGGUCGAGGUUUCUGAGCACCAGGGCGACAGUGACUGGUGGGUUUCCGUGCAGGGCAAGGUGUACGAUAUGACGAACUUUGUGCAAGGAGAUCAUAGUGAUGUGACUGGCACAGCUAGUAAUGGUGCUGACAGCCUAGAGACCCUGGCCGGUUCCGAUAUGACUUACUACUUCCCGGUUCCUCUCGUCCUUGGUUGUGCGGUUCUCGUUACUGAUGAUACCCUGGCAUUGACCAACAAGAACUUCUCCGAUUCCGUCCCUACUGCCGUUCAUACGUCGGGUGCUUUGACCUCUUACACCUCGAGUAAACUGGCCAACUCUGAUUGGUACAGCGCGACUUUCCUUCCCAAGAUGGAAAAGUACUACAAAGGGCCACUUGUGUAUUCUUGGAGCACGAUAAAAGCGGAUGCAAGCGACACUGAUAUAGCGAAAAUUUGGGCUGUAUGGGACGAUGGUCUGUACGAUCUGACAGAUUAUUUCUAUACGCAGGACACGUAUUCGACGGAUACGUCCUAUGAAUUUUUGGACAGUAGUAUUGAAGACGUCUUCAAACAGCAAGCGGGCCAAGACGUUACGAGUGAACUCGUUUCAGCCCUGGAAGCUUUGAACGAGACUUAUCGCGAUCAGAACAUCAAUUGUCUCAAGAACAACUUUUACGUCGGGGAAACAGAUUUCCGCAAAACGGCUCGAUGCCAAGUGCAAAACUACCUGCUGAUCGUCUUUACUAUUAUUAUCAUGUCUUCUGUGGUGCUGAAAUUCCUUUCUGCAUUGCAGUUCGGCAGUAAACGCAGUCCAGAACUUCAGGAUAAAUUCAUCUUGUGUCAGGUGCCGUGUUACACAGAGGGAGAGGACUCGUUGCGCCGCACGAUUGAUUCCCUUGCUGCUCUUAACUAUGAUGACAAACGCAAGUUGAUCUUCAUCAUUUGUGAUGGUAACAUCUUCGGUAGUGGUAACGAUCGUUCGACACCUCGAAUUGUUCUGGACAUUCUUGGCGUUGACCCAAAGCUCGAUCCUGAGCCUCUAUUGUUCAAAUCCGUUGGUGAAGGUUCCAAGGCGUUGAAUUAUGGGAAAGUCUAUUCUGGUCUGUACGAGUUCGAAGGACACGUCGUUCCUUACAUGGUCGUCGUUAAAGUUGGCAAACCUACGGAGCGCUCGAAGCCUGGUAAUCGUGGUAAACGAGAUAGUCAGAUUCUUCUCAUGCACUAUUUGAACCGCGUCCACUUCGAUGCUGCUAUGUCGCCUUUGGAGCUCGAGAUAUAUCAUCAGAUGCGGAACGUUAUCGGUAUAGACCCGGCAUUUUACGAGUAUAUUUUCACGGUGGAUGCUGAUACGACUGUUACGCCUGAAUCUCUCAACCGGCUAGUGUCGUCGGCCGCUGAUGACUCCAGUAUCAUUGGCAUAUGCGGUGAAACCAAGCUCGAGAACGAAGAUAUGUCUUGGUGGACAAUGAUCCAGGUCUACGAAUACUACCUUUCUCACCAUCUCUCGAAAGCCUUUGAGAGUCUGUUCGGUUCAGUGACCUGUUUGCCGGGUUGUUUCUCAUUAUAUCGGAUUCGGACUGCCGACAAGGGGCGACCCAUCAUCAUCUCUAACCGGAUCAUUGACGAGUACGCAGAGCCCAACGUCGAUACUCUACACAAGAAGAAUCUAUUCUCGCUCGGAGAAGAUCGUUUCUUGACGACGCUGUUGAUGAAACAUUUCCCCACGUUCAAGACCAAGUUUUGUGCAGACGCGAUCGCUCGUACCAUGGCCCCUGAGUCUUGGCGCGUGCUGUUCUCUCAGCGUCGUCGAUGGAUUAACUCCACUGUUCAUAAUUUGUGCGAGUUGAUUCUACUGCCUGAGCUUAUUGGUUUUUGCUGUUUCUCGAUGCGAUUCUUCGUAUUCCUUGAUCUACUGGGAACUUUGAUCUUACCUGCCACUAUGGUUUAUCUGCUGUAUCUGAUUAUCGUUGUAUCGACUGGCUCCUCGGCGUUCCCUGAAAUCGCCAUCAUCAUGUUGGCAGUUACGUAUGGCUUGCAGGCUUUGGUCUUCAUCCUCAAACGGGAGUUCAUGCUCGUCGGCUGGAUGGUUGUUUACAUUCUUUCGUAUCCGGUUUAUAGUUUCUUCUUGCCGGUGUAUUCCUUCUGGUGCAUGGACGAAUUCGGUUGGGGUAACACUCGUCUCGUCAUUGGUGAAGGCAAGGAAAAGAAGGUCAUCAUCAACGAGGAUGAGAAAUUCGACGAGUCUAUGAUACCCUUGAAGAAGUUCAGCGAAUAUGAAGCUGAGGCUUGGGAAACUGGUUCACGUCAUUCCGACGCUACGGGACACAGUAGUAAGCCCCGCUCUCGUCCCAAUGGCUCAAGGGAAGAAUCGCCGCACACGUACCACCAGGCUUCUCAAGCUGGUGAUUACUACCGUGAUACGAAUUUGACGCUCAACAACUCGUCCAAUCCCAACCUACGACUUGGCAGUCAACCCUCCAUUAGCAACUUGUCGCAUCGUGCAGCUCAGCAGGCGCCAUACGGCUCAUCCAUGGGACCUUUCGCUGGUGGACCCGGAUCUGUGCAUGGCUCUGAGUAUGGAAUGAACAUGCCGCAAAUGGCCCAGAUGGGGUAUGUGAAUACGGCUGGUAGCAUGCCUUAUCAGCAUACUGCAGGCAGUAUGGGCAUGGGCAUGCCUCAGAUGGGAUAUCAGAACACCGGAAGCAUGUACGGUAUGAUGCCGCCCGGUAUGGCUCAACCAAACCCGAUGAUGCCUAUGAACACACUUGGUGGCAGUUUAGGAGGCGGAUCGCAGUCAGGACAUUCGGGCGGAUUUGGGCCACCAACGCUGCCUUUCGGAGGCGGCGACCAGCGGCCGAUAUCGACGUACUCAUUGGCCACGACCGUUAAUCCUUUCGCAGGUCCUAACAACAACCCUAACCCUUCGGAUGAAGAGUUGGCUGCGGCUCUGCGGAACUAUCUUAGUACACAAGAUCUGAUGACCGUAUCCAAGAAAACUGCCCGUGAAGCCAUGGCCGCGCGCUUCCCUAUGGCGGACCUCGGAUCCCGUAAGGAUUUCCUCAACAAAUCCAUCGACGAAAUUUUGUCGGAUUCGUAAACGCUCAUUUACAUUAUGACCCUUUUAUUCCGCAUAUAACCGGACUUCCUGGCAACGUCUCUCACGACUUUUUCUUUCUUUCGAAUUGCUUUGCAUUGCAGUGGUUGAACAUGUUUUGGCUCGUGUAAUACUUAAUGGACCUUCACAUGGACUUCUAUAUAUAUCUUUACCCUAGUCGUCAUUUUUUGAUUUCAAUCACAUAAUGGGACGAAACAUCAUGAUUUCUGUGUC